AUGGCCAUCUUUUACCACUUUAGAAAUGCCCCUCUUCUUUUUCUUUGGGCUCUCCUAUCCGCUCUUUGUGUUUGGGGUCGACCAGCCACUUUUCUUCAAGACUUUCGUAUCACCUGGUCUCAGUCCCAUAUCACGCAACUUGAUCGAGGCAGGGCAAUCCAACUCAGACUUGACCAAACCUCUGGAUGUGGGUUUGCCUCCAAGGUCAAGUACAUGUUUGGUCGUGUUAGCAUGAAGAUCAAACUCGUCCCCGGAGACUCUGCUGGCACAGUCACUGCAUUUUAUUUGAACUCUGACACGAACUAUGUUCGCGACGAGCUUGAUUUCGAGUUCUUGGGGAACCGAACUGGUGAACCUUACACAGUUCAAACAAACAUCUACGCUCACGGAAAGGGUGAUCGAGAACAGAGGGUCAACCUGUGGUUUGACCCUGCCGCUGACUUCCACACCUAUUCAAUUCUCUGGAACCAUCACCAUAUUGUAUUCUACGUGGAUGAAGUUCCAAUCAGAGUGUACAAGAACAACGAGGCGAGGGGGAUUCCGUACCCAAAGAUGCAAGCAAUGGGAGUGUAUUCGACAUUGUGGGAAGCAGAUAAUUGGGCAACAAGGGGUGGUUUGGAGAAAAUAGAUUGGAGCAAAGCACCCUUCUAUGCUUACUACAAGGACUUUGACAUUGAAGGUUGUGCUGUGCCUGGACCUGCAAACUGUGCCUCCAACCCAAGAAACUGGUGGGAAGGGGCUGCAUAUCAAGCUCUUAACGCCGUUGAAGCCAGAAGGUACAGGUGGGUUCGUGUGAACCAUGUCAUCUACGACUAUUGUAAGGAUAGGUCAAGGUACCCUGUCACCCCACCCGAGUGCCGCGCUGGCAUCUAGGACCAAACUUCAUUGCUUCACAACAUUCAUUCCUCACUCUUACAUUAUAUAUCUACUAUAUCUAUAUUAUAUAUGUCAAAUGUUCCUUUGCUUUACACUCUUUUUCUUCUCAUGUAUACCAUUUCUGCACAUACCAAAUCAUUCUUGGGUCCGACCUCGUACGUGGGACGAAGACCCUUGUGUUCCAAUCACACCGGGCAUAUGCUCUCUUCUGGCCCUCUUUCUUUCUUUCUAUUUUAUUGCGUAUAUUGUUUCUGAGAUAACACAACUUUGUACCCUUUAUUGUAUUGUGAUGAUUGGUGAAUGAAAUUUAUGUUUAUUUUUGCUCUA